AUGAUAAACAACAUCAACUUGGUGAUUAAUGACCGAGAAAAGGCCACUGAUGUUGUUAGACAUAGUUCGGGUACGAAGGAAUGCUCGCAUGUCAUCAAAACUAUUCUUAGCAUGCUGGAUGAUGGUGUAAAUAUAGAAGACGAACCAUUUUUGAAAGGUUAUUUAGAAUGUAAAAGACUUUUUGCCCUAAAUAAUUUACGUUACAGGGCACGAAUUUUUAUGCCAAACGCGUAUUUGUUGAUGGGUGUUGUGGACGAAACCGGAAUUUUAGAACCGAACCAAAUCUAUGUCCAUACGUCCACUAUUGUUUCCCAACACAGAACAUUUAAAGGGGAUCGUAAUAAAAAGGUGAAAAGAGAACGUAAAGUAUGGACCGGUCCAGCUGUAAUUAAAAAGUAUAUGGGUGUUCGAUAUAUUAAAGAUGAAGUCCCUUCAGUUUAUCAAAUAAGAUUUGGGGGCUCAAAGGUGAUUAAUUUAUCACAAUCGAAUGAUAAUUAA